AUGCUACCGUUUCUCGUUCUAGGAUUGCUCUACGCUGGGGGCGCCACCGCCCUGGACAACGGAGUGGGGAAGCUGCCUGCGCUGGGAUUCAACACUUGGAACAUCUACCAAUGCGACUACACUGCCGACGAGUUGCUCCAACAGGCCCGGGCAAUGGUUGAUCGUGGUCUUCUCGAGGCUGGAUAUAACAUAUUCAUGCUGGACGACUGUUACAGCCUGAGGGAGCGGAAUGCUCAAGGCAGGAUUGUAGAAGACCCAAAGAAGUUCCCCCACGGAAUGAAGAGCUUCACAAAAGCCCUGGCCGACCUCGGAUUCAGGGCAGGUAUCUACAGCGACGCCGGAUACCGCACAUGCGCUGGCUAUCCCGGAUCAUACGGACACGAAUCCGAGGAUCUCGAGACCUUCGCCGACUGGGGCUUCGACUACCUCAAGUACGAUAACUGCAAUAUCCCUCCCGACAACGUGACGCAGGAGAACGUCUACGGCCGCUACGUGCGCAUGGUCGACGCUAUCCGCGACCGCGCCGAGAAGACCAAAACCCGUCCCUUCCAACUGGCCCUCUGCGAAUGGGGCUGGCAGCAGCCCUGGAUCUGGGGCCACCGCCUGGGUCAGUCGUGGCGGACAGGGGGUGACAUUCGGCCGUGGUGGUCCGCGCUCGCCAGCAUCCUCAACCAGGCCAGCUUCAUUGCCAGCGCGACCAACUUUUACGCCCAUAACGACUUUGACAUGCUCGAGGUUGGAAACACUGGCCGGGGCACGCCGCCGGGCAACUUGACCUACGACGAGGCAAAGAGCCACUUCACCGCCUGGGCGCUGCUCAAGUCGCCGCUGCUGAUCGGCUCGGACAUGGCGGCGGCGUCAAAGGAGACGAUUGAGAUUCUUACCAACAAGGAUGUGCUGAAGAUUAGCCAGGACCCUAACGUCGGCGAGUCCAUUGCGCCGUUUCGCUGGGGGUAUAAUCGUGAUUAUACGUGGGAUCCGGCGCACCCGGCCGAGUACUGGACCGGCAACUCAUCGUAUGGAGUCGUGUUUAUGGUGCUAAAUACGGCCAAUGCCCGGCGGGAAAUGUCCUUUGACCUGGCCGAGAGCUGGGCGAUUCGAGCGGGGAGGGCGUACAACGUCUACGACAUGUGGUCGCACACCAAUAAUGGGACUGUGGUGAGGAACAUGACGAUUACCCUGCCGCCGAGGGGUGUCACUGCGCUGUUGUUGACCGACGCGGGCCCGGAGCCGGCCGGGCUACCUCCCUGCGCUGCGCAGGCUGCCAGUCAGUGUGCCUUGCCGGAUGGAAGUCGGCCUCGAUCGUAA